UGCUCCUCACUUUCCAAAUUAGCGUGGUUUUCUGCCAUCAGCUUUGCAAGCAAGUUUAUUUGAGCUUGUUCAUGAGUUUGUUUUGAGACCACUGGAAUACUGUACACAGCUUCGCUCCAUCACAGAAGAAAGCGUGUCAUGUUGUUGAUUUUUUGCAGUAUUCUGACAGAAGGGCGGCUUUUGCAAGUACGAUGGCCCGUGUCUUCGUCUAUGGCACGCUCAAGAAGGGCCAGCCCAACUACAAGCACAUGAUCAACACGGCCAAAGGCCUAGCGAAAUUCCAAGGAAGGGGCCGCACAGUGGAGAAGUACCCGCUGGUGAUUGCAGGGAAAUACAAUAUUCCUUACAUGCUGAACAUCCCGGGGACAGGCCACCACAUUGCUGGGGAGAUUUACUCUGUCGACGAGCAGAUGCUGCAGUUCCUGGAUGAGUUUGAGUGCUGUCCAGACAUGUACCAGCGCACCCUGAUGAGAAUCCAAGUGGUGGAGUGGGAAGGGAAGGGUGGCGCGGGAGAGGCGCGGGCAGCGGCCGACGGCGUCCUGGAGUGCUUCGUGUACAGCACGGCCACGUACCCGCCCGAGUGGGUCGGGCUCCCCUACUAUGACAGUUACGACUCCUCGGGGAAGCACGGCCUCUCCUACGUCCUACGGGAAAGCCGGGAAUAGAAACGGGAGGUGACGCAGCCCGGCCGAAGACAUAGUGCUAAGCAGGUGUUGCUCGGUAACCGUUCCAGGAAAAGCUGUAAUACCUUGUCAUUAAAAUGCAGGAGCUCUUGUAACCCUCCCAACCCAGGAGCCUUGGCGCUAGUGUUGAAGUCCUGUAGGCCCAGAGCUGCAGACUCCUCCCCAGGCAGUCAGUGUCUUCCUGAACCCCCCAGCCUGCUGCAGGUAACUGGGUUUGCACCAGCUAUAAAGUAACUGUAUGUGCACACCGGGUCUGGGGUCUAAUUAUUCCCUCAACUUCCCCCUUUGCCUUGGUGCAUAAUAAUGGAAGUCAAUGAAAGGCAGAGGAACAGAUUAAUUUUUUUUCCCUGAAUUGACAAAUUUUCUUGCACUAAUAUCUGAAACUGAUUUAAAUGUCUGCAAAGUAAAGCACAACUAUUGGAUAUUGACUUGUAAUGGGUUUAGUAGGCUACUGCAUGUAAACAGGGAAAGCUGAUCAGAUAACUUGGUGCUUCUAGACAAAUAGGAAAUUGCUGGAGAAAAUGUAAAGGUUAUUCUUACUCUGCAUUGCAGUGGGAUUUUUUCUGAACUGGAAAGGUGUAUUUUUAAACCAUGUUUAGUUUUAAAAGGCAUUGUCAAGAAAUACUGAGAAAAUAUAAGAGAGUUACAUUUAAAAUUGUAUUUUUAAUUUUGCAUUCUAAGCACUUGGGGUUCCACUUCCAUUCACUGUGUGACCGUAGGAUUUGGGGGCCUGUGUGUCUGUGUGUGUGUGUGUGUCUGUUUUGGGGGAUGUGGGGCUGUUGGGGACCAGGAAAAGCAAAUGUACACUGGAGCUGUUGUGAGCACUUACUGUCAAGGUGACUUUUUGCCAAGCAUUUAAUGCAUGUCUUGCAACCAUAUGCAAACUGAGUUUCCUAAUGGGGGGAAAAAAAAUUAUAUACGUUAUAAAAAUAUCCAAAGGACCUGUAUUGUGAUUAUUGCAACAUUUAAAUUGGGG